CUCAAAGUCAACACUAGCCAAAAAAUGGUGAACUUCCCAAAGCAAUUGAAGGCCUACUGUCAAAAGUGUGCUACUCACAAGGAACACAAGGUUACCCAAUACAAGGCUGGUAAGGCCUCUCUCUGGGCUCAAGGUAAGAGACGUUACGAUCGUAAGCAAAAGGGUUAUGGUGGUCAAACCAAACCAAUUUUCCACAAGAAGGCUAAGACUACCAAGAAGAUCGUUCUCAGACUCCAAUGUAAGGAAUGUAAGAGAAUCAACCAAAGAGGAAUCAAGAGAUGUAAGCACUUCGAACUCGGUGCCAAGAAGAAGACUUUGUAAAUCUCUUUAAUAAAACCUUUAUAAUCAAAAUUC